AUGCUACGAAUCGCGAACGUGUUCAAGAGCGGCGCCAGGGCGCAGCUGCUACCCGGCAGAGUCUCUGUCCAACUUGCUCCUGUCCGACACAGCUCCACAGGCAAUCUUAGCAGCCACAUGAAGGAUAACAUGGAAGCUGAUCUGGUCGCCACCCACGGCCAGAAUCACAACAAUGUCCACGAGUACGAAGACAACCGUCCGGAGCGACAUCAUCCCGACACUAUUGCUGCUCGAGCUGCGCAUAUGUUUUCUGUGCCCAAACACCUGGAUCGCGCCAUGGCAGACGCUCUGCAGACCAAGGACAUGUCUCCUGCCACUCUCAAGCGAAACGUUGCACAGUUUUACGGAGGCAGCGAUGAGCUGGUAUCCAAGAUGGAGACGGGAAGAGACAACCCGCUUGAAUCUGCGCUCACCGUGGCCGCGGCCACCCUGCAUCAAAACUACGCAUCCGCAUAUGCUGUUUUGAAGGAGGUCCGGCAGAAGAUGCCAGAGGGAUGGACUCCCAACUCUGUGCUGGAUGUGGGUCUCGGAGCUUCUGCUGGAAUGCUUGCCGUCAAUGAGCUGUUUGCCGAGGAGGAAAACUGGAACCCUGACCGGAAAACGGCGGUUAUUCUCGGUCCUAGAGUCAACACUUUGCUGACCAAACAGUUUUUUGAUACCCAGAAACACGAGGACCAGGGCCAGAACAACUUCAAAGACAAGGUGCGAAACACCCGGCUCCAGACUGGUCUCCCAAAGAACAACCUGUACAAGUACGACCUCAUCAUUGCCAACCAGCAGCUUGAUCUCAUGGCGCGACAGGAGGAUUCCACCCUAGAGAUGCUCUCUGCUCGACUGGUGGACCUCCUGAGCCCCGGAGGAGUGCUUGUUCUGGUCGACAGAGGCAACCCCAACGGAUACGAGCGAAUAGCACGAGCUAGAGAGGUGCUGAUUCGACCCAUGGGCGAUACGGGGCCGGUCAAGACUCCCGUGCCCUUUGGACGGACCCGAAAACUGCAUUUCUCCAACGACACGGAGAUGAAGAAGCUCAAGCAGGAGCUGGGACCCGAAUUCGACAUCGAGGAGCAAACCAUGCCCGUCCAAGACCGCAUCUAUCUCCACAUUGUCGCUCCCUGCACACACCACGGAAAGUGCCCCUUCCAGCAGGGCCAGCUAAGAAAACAAAACACAGCCAAGGGCUCCUGGUGCUCCUUCACCCAGAAACUCGCCCGACCAGAGUACGUGAUGCAGCUCAAACGAGGAAAGGCCCUGGCGGCUUCGUGGGACCCCAACGUGACUCGAAACAAGAACAAAUUCUCAGGAGGAGGCCGACCUGGCUCUUCAGAUCUCGAGGUGCCUUCGUUCAGCUACCUCAUCAUCCAGCGAUCCACAACGCCCGAAGUCAACAUCCCCAACAUCCAAAAAUGGCCCCGAAUCCUCAAACCUCCCAUGAAGAGAAAGAAUCACGUCAUCAUGAACAUCUGUGGACCCGAGGGAGGCCUCCACUCCUGGACCGUCACCAAAUCUCAGGGUAAACAGGAGUACCUGGACGCGAGAAAGGCGCUCCAGAGAGACCAGUGGGCGUUGGACGCCAAGGUAAAGACCCCUGUGCGAAAGAACUACCAGAUGGCGCUGGAAGACGAGAAAAUCUCUCGAAACCCUUCUGCCCAGGAAAAGAUUAACAAGGUGACUGCGCUGUCCACCACCCAGAGACGAGACCUCGUCAAGGCCGAGCGACGAAAGCAGAUCAAGAGAGCUCGAAGAGAGGCAAGAUUGGGCGGCCAGCUGGAACCCAAAAAGGACGACGAAGAAGACGACCAGGAGUGA